CCGCAAGUAUAAGGAGAAAAAAAAAAGAAAAGGAAAAUCAAAACAAGCGGUUGCUUAAUCCCCAUUUUAGAAGCCUCACCCUCUUCCCAUGGGUAGGUGCCUGUCUGUCCGUCACGCUCACUCACAGGACCAACAAGAAGAAGCGGCGAUUCUUCCCCAACUCUUAGCUUCUCGCUUCGAUUUCAUCGCCGAUCCUUCUCCGUUACCCCUCUGAAUUUCCAACUUUACCCCUCACAUUUCGAGGAAGUCCGUUCGCUUUUCACUUCUCCUCUCCAUCUCUCCCUCCCAAUUUCUUUCCCUCGAAACAAACAGAUAAUACAAUAUAUAGGAUAUGUUAUGCAUGUUGAUUCGCUCGAGAUAAAAUUAGAUGGGGCACAAAAAAAAGAACGCUGCUCCACGCUCUAAACGACCGUCGUCGCAGCCGCCGCCGGUGGCUGCCACAACGCUGGUGGAUGUCAUUAACGAUUCAGCUGAAUCCGAGCUGACAGGGAAUAAUGCCAAGAUCGAGGUUGCGGCUGUGACCGUUGAAUCCGACGCUUCGUCUUCCUCGUCCUAUGCGGCGGUUAAGAUUGAGUGCGAGCGAGCCCUAACGGCGCUCCGACGUGGCAACCACACGAAAGCGCUUCGGUUGAUGAAAGAAUCGUGUACUCGUCACGAGAACUCGGCUCAUGCGGCCUUAAUCCACCGCGUUCAGGGCACGGUCUGUGUGAAAGUGGCUUCCAUCAUCGACGACCCUAACGCCAAACAUCGGCAUUUGAAAAAUGCAAUUGACUCGGCAAAAAAAGCCGUGGAAUCAUCUCCCAACUCGAUCGAGUUUUCUCAUUUUUAUGCUAAUUUACUGUAUGAAGCGGCCAACGAUGGGAAAGAGUACGAAGAAGUGGUUCAAGAAUGCGAACGCGCGUUGGCCAUUGAGAAUCCGGUGGAUCCGGCCAAAGAAAGCUUACAAGAAGAGAGUCAACAGAAAAUAUCAACGGCGGAGGCUAGGAUUUUGCACGUGCAAAGUGAGCUUAGGUCGUUAAUUCAGAAAUCGAAUAUUGCUUCUAUUUCUACGUGGAUGAAGAAUUUAGGGAAUGGAGAAGAGAAGUUUAGGUUGAUUCCGAUUCGGAGAGUUACUGAGGAUCCAAUGGAGGUUAGGUUAGUGCACACAAGAAGGCCUAAUGAGAUUAAGAAAGCUACAAAGACUCCCGAAGAAAGGAGGAAAGAGAUUGAGGUUAGAGUUGCUGCUGCCAGGCUGUUGCAGCAGCAGAAAUCUGAGGCAGCUUCUUCAGCACUGUUGCAAAGCGAGGGAGAGAGGAAUGGACUCGAUUUGACAUCAGGAAGUGGACAAAGAGGAGGAGUAGAAAGGAGGAGGAAGAUUGCUUCUACUGCUGAAAGGAAAGAUUGGGUUCGAUCCUUUUGGAAUUCAAUGAGCGUUGAUUGGAAGAAAGAUUUGCUUAGGAUUAGGGUUAGUGAUCUCAAGGAGUAUUUUGGUUUGUUGAAAGAUGGAUUGGCGAGUGAGGUUUUAUCAGAGGCUUUAGCAUUUGCUGAGCUUAAUAAGACUUGUAAAUUUUGGGUUUGUUGUCGGUGUAGUGAGAAGUUUGCAGAUUCAGAGUCUCAUAUGCAGCAUGUUGUUCAGGAACAUAUGGGUAACCUCAUGCCAAAGAUGCAGACCGUUUUGCCACAGAGUGUUGACAGUGAGUGGAUUGAGAUGCUCCUUAACUGUUCUUGGAAUCCUUUGGAUAUUUCUGCUGCUGUUAAAAUGAUUGGGAAUGAGUCUAACUGCCAGGACUCAGAGUUUUCCGAGGAUUUCUACUCAGGUAACCAUAAUGAGGAGUGUGAUGAUUGCUUCAAAGAUGCACGGAGUUCAUCUCCUGAGAAGGAACAUUUGGGGGAUCAAUACAAUUGUACUAGCGUAGAGGGCAAUAAUUGUGACAAAGUUUCUAGCAUCGAGUGCAAAGAAUGUGAUGGAAACCAGGGUUCUGUAGCAUAUACCCAUGGGGAUAGUUGGCCAACAGUGGAUGAUGCUGAGCGCACAAAGUUGCUUGAAAGAAUUCAUGCUACAUUUGAACUGCUUAUUAGACAUAAAUACCUUGCUGCAAGCCAUCUUAACAAGGUGAUACAAUUCACAAUGGAUGAGUUGCAGACUUUGGUUUCUGGAUCUCAACUUCUGAAUCAUGGCAUAGAUCAAACUCCCAUGUGCAUCUGUUUUCUGGGAGCUAUGCAGCUUGGAAAAAUCCUCAAAUUCUUGCAGGAGUUAUCUCAUUCUUGUGGUCUGACUAGAUGCUCUGAGAAGACCGCCCCUGUGGAUGAUGUGAAUCGAGCCAGUCAGAUUCUUGAGGUUAAAGAGAAGAUUGUUCUUAAUGGAGAUGCUUCGUGUCUCCUCCUGGAAGAACGUUUAUUGCCUGAUGUGGCAAUACAAGAUGCUGCUCUUGCAAAUGCUAAUGGUAGCAAUGGAUAUGGGUUUGUACAGGAUGCUGAUUCUCUGCUGUCCUGGAUCUUUGCAGGCCCCUCAAGUGGGGAUCAAUUGGCAUCAUGGAUACGCAUGAAAGAAGAGAAAACACAGCAAGGAUUGGAAAUUCUUCAGAUGCUGGAGAAGGAGUUUUAUCACCUACAGAGUCUCUGUGAGAAAAAAUGUGACCAUAUAAGCUAUGAGGAAGCAUUGCAGGCUGUGGAGGAUCUCUGUCUUGAAGAAGGUAAGAAGAGGGAGACGGCAACUGAAUUUGUUCAUCGAAGCUAUAAAUCUGUCCUUAAAAAGCGAAGAGAGGAACUUAUUGAGAGUGAGAAUGAUGUUAUGUUCCUCAGCAGUAGAUUUGAGUUAGAUGCUAUAUCAAAUGUUUUAAACGAAGCAGAAGCACUGAAUUUGAAUCAAUCUGGCUGUGAGGAUACUUAUGCUGGUGUGACUUCUCAGUUAUGUGACUUGGAAUCUGGUGAAGAGGAUGACUGGAGAACUAAGGAUUCUUUGCAUCAAGUGGAUUCCUGCAUAGAGGCUGCCAUUCAGAGGCAGAAGGAACAAUUAUCACUCGAGCUGAGCAAAAUUGAUGCACGAAUUAUGCGAAAUGUUACUGGGAUGCAGCAGUUGGAACUCAAACUUGAGCCUGCGUCUGCACAUGAUUAUCGAUUAAUACUACUGCCUUUAGCGAAGUCAUACUUGAGGGCACACUUGGAGGAUCUGGCGGAGAAAGAUGCCACCAAGAAGUCUGAUGCUGCAAGAGAAGCUUUUUUAGCUGAGCUUGCACGUGAUUCUAAGAAGGGUAGUCGGGGGGGAAGCGAUAAUUCGAGACAUGCACAGGAGAAAAGCAAGGAUAAGAAAAAGAACAAGGAGUUCAGAAAAUCCAAGGAUUCAAAGGCUUCUGGUGCAAAUGAGCAGCAUAUGCUUAAUGAUGAGACUGCUGAGCAAGUUGUGUUUUCUUGCAGUUCUUCUGCAGUUGCUUCUGAUGGUGACCAUCUGGAUUCUGAAGUUGUUUCUGUGAAUAGUGAUGACUUAAAACAACAAGAAGAGGAAUUUAGACGAAAAAUCGAGCUUGAAGCAGAGGAAAGAAAGCUUGAAGAGACUUUGGAGUAUCAAAGACGGAUUGAGAAUGAGGCUAAGCAGAAGCACCUUGCCGAGCAACAUAAAAAAACUAAUGAAGCAUUUGCAGAGAAAGCAGCAAAUGGAUUGCGUGAUGCUGACUUGGAAGCCGGUGAUCUAGACAUUCAGGAACAUUUGGCAAUAAGUAACAGGGUCAUGAACAAUUUGGAUAGCAUACCACUUAGCACUGCAAAUGGUUCAGCUGUGGCAGUGACUGCUGAUACUUCCGGCACUUAUGCAAAAUUUAAACAAGGACUAUCUAAGGGUGCAGUCCCAGAUGAUGCUCUUUUUCCUAGUGAUCGACGGGCAGGAAGAAGAGGUAGACGACAAAAGAGUUCCAACAAAUUUCUUGAUGGAAAGUAUCAAGUCGUGCCAUCUGAAAAGGAAAGCAUUCGAGUUGGAAGCUCUCAUGGUAAUGUGGAAGAGCAAGUUAGAUAUGUUGAUGGUUUCCCCAUGGACAGUGUUGCUCCUAUCACUGGAGAAGGUGGUACAAAGACUUUAAGACAACUGCAAGCUGAGGAAGAUGAUGAAGAAAGGUUCCAAGCUGACCUUAAGCAGGCUGUUCGCCAAAGCCUUGACACAUACCAAGCACAACAAAAAAUGCCUUUGCCUUCAAGUUUGAGAACAGCACCAAGGGUACCUUUGCAAGUAAAUAACCACGGUGUCUCACCAAAUGAGGUCUCGAGUGAAAAUUUGAAUGAAACUGAUGUGUUUGGUACAGGCCUGCAGAAUGAAGUUGGUGAAUACAAUUGCUUUCUGAAUGUUAUAAUACAGUCCUUGUGGCAUUUGAGACGGUUUCGUGAUGAAGUCUUGCGGAGAUCAACAUCAGGUCAUGUUCAUGUGGGAGAUCCAUGUGUUGUCUGUGCACUAUAUGAAAUAUUCUCUGCACUGAACAUUUCAUCUACUGAUGCACGGAGAGAACCAGUUGCCCCUACAUCACUUAGAGUAGCUCUUAGCAACUUGUAUCCAGAUAGUAGCUUUUUCCAAGAGGCUCAGAUGAACGAUGCUUCUGAAGUAUUGGCUGUAAUAUUUGAUUGCCUUCAUCGAUCUUUUACUUCUGGUUCGAGUGUUUCUGAUGCUGAUUCUGCGGACAGCAACUGCACAGGCUCUUGGGAUUGUGCAAACAGUGCUUGUAUAGUGCAUUCCCUUUUUGGAAUGGAUAUCUUUGAACGAAUGAAUUGCUACAGUUGUGGUCUGGAGUCCAGACAUUUGAAGUACACUUCUUUCUUUCAUAAUAUAAAUGCCAGUGCGCUGCGAACUAUGAAGGUUAUGUGUGCAGAGAGCUCUUUUGAUGAGCUUUUAAAUCUUGUUGAGAUGAACCAUCAGUUAGCUUGUGAUCCAGAGGCUGGUGGCUGUGGGAGGCUCAACUAUAUCCAUCACAUUCUCUCAAAUCCACCGCAUGUUUUCACAACAGUUCUUGGUUGGCAGAAUACAUGUGAAAGUGCUGAUGACAUAGCAGCAACACUGGCUGCCUUAAAUACUGAAAUAGAUAUCAGUGUCCUUUAUCGUGGUCUUGAUCCAAAAAAUAAGCAUAACUUAGUCUCGGUGGUUUGCUAUUAUGGGCAACAUUAUCAUUGUUUUGCCUAUAGUCAUGAUCAUGAGAGAUGGAUAAUGUAUGAUGACAAAACUGUAAAGGUAAUUGGUGGCUGGGCUGAUGUUGUUAAAAUGUGUGAACGAGGGCACUUGCAACCACAGGUUCUUUUCUUUGAAGCUGUAAAUUAACCAGUUUUGGUGGAAUCUUGUCACAUUAUUUAUACACCGGAUAGCAUUGAGCUUAAAAAGGGUUUGGCAUCUGAUAGCUGUUGGUGGUAAGGUGUUGUUCAUAGUCACAUUGCAGCUUACACCCAUGCAGUUCAUACAGUAAAAGCAUGCAAAAUUGGUUCAACAGGAAGUUUGAGAAGUUUUGUUACAAAAAAAGAGUUGUGAUAUAAAAAUGAAGAGUUUUGAAAUUCAACGAGUUUUUGGUAGGAGAAAGUGGUCUUUUAAGGGAAGAAAUGAUGUAAGGAAAGAGAUUUUGUUUUAAAUUAUGAGGAAAUCAGAUAAUGGAAGAGCAUGAAGUUGGUUUAUUGGAACUCCUGCCUCAAAAUACUUCCUAAUUAAUAAGGUGGAUUUGGUUGAGAAAAAUUGUGUGUUUGGCAGACCCAUGAAUGCAUUCAAGAUCAUUGCCAGGAGGAUAUAGCAAUUGUAAGUGGGGGAAGUUAGUAGAUUCAGAAACUGUGCUAGAUUGUCUUUCUUUCCAAAAUUAUGUCCCCCAAUAUUUGAAAGAGGUUCUGUAUAGAUCAACAUCAGGGCCCCUUCCCUAGGGUCUUCUACUCUUCAUAUUCCAGCUUAUGGUAAAGUUUUGUUGUCAACCUGAAUCCUGAUGCUGAUGCUGUUGGGGUUACAUACAUACACACAUACAUACAUUACAUAGUGAUUUUUUGUCGGAUCUCAA